AUGGACGUCUUACAGAAUGAAGGCACCACCGUUACUCGCCGCCAAAGGGCUGAUCAAACCCUAGUGGACGGCAAUGACGCGUCUAAGAUAAAGAUAAACCCCGAAGAGGUUCUGUGGGAGGCGGCAUAUCGUGCCUGGAGAAAGGAACUCAAACGCGAGAAGAGGUCAAUCGGCGUAGCUGCUUGUAAAAUCGUGGCAAUCGUGGCUAUAUUCUUUAUUUCGUGGUAUCUGGCGCAUUGGUACACGGAACCCAGAGAGUUUCGCCCCGAGAAAACCGGGAUCGACCCGUUUGAUGCUUUGAGAGCCACAGAUUCCCAAGUCGACAUAAUUGACGGCAAAUUUGGGGAUGGAAUUAAUAGGGUCGUGAAUGAAUUUGACGGGAAAUUGGAGAAGAAAAGGCGGGAAAUCAGGAUGAGAUUGAAUGACUUGAACAAGAGGGCUUAUGUUUUGGAGGAUGUUAUUGGCCGCUUGAGGAGUCGGGAAAUCGGAGGCUCGUACGAGGAAUUGAAAAGGUUUGAUGACAGAAGUGACGAUGACGGAAGAAAAUCUUGA